AUGGGCUUCACAAGGAGCAAACAGCCUCUCACUCUACGACAACGCGCUCAAUCUGAGAGUCUUCCGUCACCACGUUCCUCCACAUCCUUCUUACCGCCACCGACAGCUAGAUUCCAUAACGCGUUCUUUGCGCAUGUUGCUGAACAGGCUGCUUCUUCACCAGAAAGACCGUCUUUGAUCAUAACUGCGAACGAAAACAGCGACUCUCCUCGACCAGUCUACACACGAUUCUUACACCGCACCCGACUCCUCUCCCGGUCCAUCAAACCCGGCAUCUGGCGAUGGCUGAUCCUGGUGUUGAUCGUGUCAUUGUCGCUCUGCACGCUCCGCCAGCUCUAUCAAAAUCGCCAUGGCCAAGGAGAGACCGGUCGUCAUCUCCUUUCCCACCAGGACCAAGCCACCAAUGCAGUCUUCCUCUUAAGACCGCACGAUUUCCAGGGAGCUACAGGAGAAGGGAAGGCCGGCCAAAACACCCACCCCUACAAACACCACAGUCCUGAGCAUUGGCUGCGCGAGAAUUCAUUCCACAACUUCGACGAUGGAUUUACCGACCACGACGAGGGAGAGAAAGAACACCAGGCCAAAGUGUUCCGCCAGAUCUCCCGUCGUCCGCGCGCCGCACUCAUUAGUCUCGUACGCAACGAGGAGCUCGAGGGCAUCCUGCAGAGCAUGCAGCAGCUCGAAUUACAUUGGAAUCAUCGGUUUGGAUAUCCGUGGAUCUUCUUCAAUGAGAGGCCGUUUAGUGAGGAGUUCAAGGCAGCGACCCGCAACGCGACAUCCUCCAAGACCGAAUACCACCUCGUCCCGCGCGCCCAUUGGUCCACCCCAUCAUGGAUAUCACCCACCCGCUACAUGGACAGCCUAGACUACCUGGGCACGAUCGGGGUUGGCAAGGGCCACAUGCUGAGCUACCACGCGAUGAUACGAUGGCAAUCGGGCUUCUUCUACCAACACCCGGCCCUGGCCUCCUACUCGUGGUACUGGCGGGUCGAGCCCGACGUGCAUUUCUUCUGCGACAUCAACUACGACCCGUUCCGAUUCCUCGCGGAGAACGACCUCGUCUACGGCUUCAACAUGGCCAUUCUCGACGAUGCCCGCAGCUUCGCGUCCCUCUGGUCCGUGACCCGCGACUUCAUCGCCAAGAACCCUGAGCUAAUCCACCCGGACGCAGACGUCGACUGGCUCCUCGACCCGCACGCCGCCAUGGAAUACAACAACUGCCAAUUCUUUAGCAAUUUCGAGAUCGCCAGCCUCGACUUCUUCCGCGGAGAUUCCAAUGUCGCCUUCUUCGACCACCUCGACCGCAGCGGUGGGUUUUUCUACGAGCGCUACGGCGACGCACCGGUACAUACGCUCGCGCUUGCGCUCUUUGCCCGGAAAGACCAGGUCUGGUUCUUCAGGGAUAUUGGCUACCAGCAUGAUACGGCGCGACAUUGUCCUCCGCCUCCACCGCGGAUCUAUGGCGGUGGGGGUGGCGGUCGCCUACAGCAGUAUCGCUGCACGUGUGAGCCGACAUCCCUGGACGAGAACUUCUACAAGCUCGUCCCGAUGGAGAGUCCCCAGGUCAAGCCCCGUGAUACGUGCAUCCGGUUGUGGUUGGGCGGGGAGUGGUUGGAUAAGAAGCCCAAUUGGAGUCAGGAGGUUGAGAGGGCUUUUGGUGGCGAUGGGUAUGGUGGGUAUGUCUUGGAUGGCUUUGGAUGA